AUGCAAACGGGAAAGUCUAUUUUGGCGCUGUCACUUUUAUACAUCGGAGUCUCUUUGAUUAACUUGAAUGAUGCUGUCGAGUUCAAAUUAACAAAUGCCGUGUGUAUGAGUUACAACAAAUCGUGGGUUGUGAUGAACACUUGUCGCUUAAAAGCGAUUAGUCGAAAUAAGACAACAUUCAAUUUCAAUUGUACCAUCUUGCAUCCAGUCAACGAUUUUCAACUCCAUGGUCAAAUUUUUAAGAGAGCAAAUGGUUAUAAGCCAUGGUUAUUUAAUAUCCGUAUAGAUGUGUGUCGAUUUUUAAUUCAUCCCUAUAAUCCCUUGGUCUCCUUGGUUUAUAGAAUGGCCAAAGAGUAUUCGAACUUUAAUCACACCUGCCCGUAUAUAGGUCAUCAAUAUGUAAAAGACUUUUAUCCAAGAUUGGAAUUAUUACGUCUGCCGCUGCCAACUGGUGACUAUAUGUUGACCACGCGUUGGUUCUACGAUCGAAAAUUACAUCUUGAUGCCAAUAUUAGCUUUACAUUUGUCGAGGAUCUAAUAAAUCAAUGA